AUGGCGAACAACAAUAAUAACAAAUUUCUUCCCAUGAGUAUCGAUGCCAUGCUCGAUAUGGAGCGGCAAGAGGUUCUGGCUCUGCUGGAGCGAUCUAAUGAGGCUCCUGUUCCGUCGGCAAGGGGCGGUCGGACUACCACUACCACUCAGGGCCCGCUGGUCCGCAGCAUGCUCGAUGUUAGUGGCCCUAUGCCGGACUCUCCUAGGCGGACGGGUAGAAGCUCAACUCCAAGCUCUCCUCUGAUGCCUCCCAGUGAGCCCUUCAGACCGCAACAAUCAUCUGGUUUGGUGCCACAUCCGCGAAGUAGAUCUGAUGCCAGUAUCAAGUUUGCCGAGCCUGCACGUGGCCGCCGAAACGAUCCGAUUGCCAACUACCAGUUUUCUAGUAUAUACUCGCAUGGCUCGGGUUCCCAAUCCUCGGUGAAAUGGUCGUCUUCAAGAAACAGCAAGCGAGAGAGCGGAGGGUCCCUAGGAGAUAUCUUGAGAGGCUCCGACGGUGGACUUCAGCUUCCUGCGGAUAGAGGCCGAUCUCCGCUUGGUGGCUCUCGCCUUUUCAACAACAAGUCCAAGUCACCCCAGACUCAAAAUCGUCGUUGGGGAAGUAGGUCUCGAUCACCGGCGACCUUUUCCACACCACAGCUACCCCCAGGCCAGGCUCUGUUGAAUGAUGGCAAAGUUGUUAACCUCAAUAAUGCCUACCGGAAAUUGUCAGAUGCGAAUCUCAUUCAGUCUAGCGGAAGCUUGGCGCAACUGGCUAUGCGAAAAAAGUCUGGGGAAGCUGGGGAGGGCAGGCUGGUCAAAGACUAUGUUGGGCCGGAUGGCGAGCAGCUUGGCUCGAGUGACGAAGAAGAAGAGGAGUCCUCUGAAGAUGAGGAUAGAGGCCGCAAGAAGUCUCCUCGGUCUCUGAUACACGAUACCGAGCCAGACAGCAAACAGCCCGCCGCCGCCGGCAGCUCACAAUCUGGGGGCCGACAGGCACUGAGCCUGCUCGCGGCGGCGGAACAAGAACGAUCGCAAGUGGCAUCUCAGCAAGCUCAAUACCAGUACCGUUCCUUGUUUGAGGAGCCCGAGAUCAAGGUGACAACCGCCACUGGAGACACUACAAAGCCCUCCAAGGCCAACAGGGGCGUUCAUCCUGUUACCAGCUACGACCAAGGGCCGCCAUCGAGGACGCCUUCGGUCAUGGACUCAGAUGAGGAAGCCGACAUGGACGACAUCAAGAGGGCACAAAACCUGUCCUUCAACAUGACCAAUAUCUUGGAAACGCCAGAAGCGCACCGCGCCAUUCGCAUCAUCUACCGCGGAGACUACACUAGAAUGGUUCAGGCCGCCGAAGAAGAGAACCACAGGCUGAGAAAAUACCUGGUUGCGACCGAUCUUAGUGAUGAAUCAACGCAUGCCCUCGAGUGGGCGAUUGGUACAGUUCUCCGAGAUGGCGACACCUUGGUAGCCAUCUACUGCAUUGACGAGGAGACGGGCAUCGUCACGGGAGAGGGUUCCCUGGUGCCAGAUGAGUCAAAGGCGAUGAAGGAGCAGGCAGCGGCCAUCAACCUGAUGGCAAACACAAAGUUGGUGCCGGGGCAGGUGAACUUGGUCUCUGAGUUUAAGCGCAGCUCAGGCUUUUACCUACGGGGCGAUUCUAACGCUGGCACUCCAAGCGGCUCGCCCGCGCCGCUCUAUCGGGGUGAUCGCUAUAAAGCCGAGCAGGAGCGUAAUCGCGCGGUCCAGGAGAUUACAGAUAAGGUGCUCCGUCUCCUGAGGAAGACUCGGCUCCAGGUCAGGGUGAUUGUAGAAGUCCUGCACUGCAAGAACCCCCGGCAUCUCGUGACCGAGGUAAUUGACCUUGUCAAUCCCACUCUGGUUGUGAUUGGGAGCCGGGGCCGAAGCGCGCUCAAGGGACGUAGUGUCAUUCUGGGGUCCUUCUCCAACUACCUGGUUACUAAGAGUUCGGUGCCCGUCAUGGUUGCACGCAAGAAACUACGCAAGCAGUCCAAGUACAAGCGGACGCCGGUGAAGCAGGUGAACAACAUCAGCAACCCGACGGCCAGAAGCCUGGCCAACGCCAAAGUAGACUAG